AUGGGGAUCCGACGAGAGGCUUUCGCCUCCUUUGCCGUCAUCCUCCUCAGCCUCGUGCUGUUACUCGCCUACGUGCCUUCACCAGCGUCGGCGGCCACCCUCAAAUGCCGCGACAGGCCCGCCGGCCGCGAGCGCACCAGUCUCAACGUCGGCUGGCGCUUCCAGCGCUCCGAAACCAGCCCGGACGGCCUCAGCUACGACCAGCUCAAGGCCUACAUCCUGCCCUCGGCCAACGACUUCAUCAAGGACCCGGCGCAGCACCACCAGCGGCCGUCCUCGCCGCCGCCGCCGGUCGACAGGGCGCAGGCGGGUUACGACGACAGCCAGUGGGAGCAGCUCGACCUGCCGCACGACUGGGCCGUCAAGGGGCCCUUCUACACCGGCGCCGACCCCGUCAUCGACGGCAGCAUGGGCCGCCUGCCCAUCCAGGGCGUCGGGUGGUACCGCCGGACGUUCGCGCUCGGGCCCGCCGACGAGGGCAAGGCGGUGUACCUCGACGUCGACGGCGCCAUGUCGUACGCCAUGGUCUGGGUCAACGGCAACCUGGUCGGCGGGUGGCCGUACGGCUACGCCUCUUUCCGCCUCGACCUGACGCCCUACGUCAACAAGGGCGGGGAGGAGAACCAGCUCGCGAUCCGGCUCGACAACGCGGUCGACAGCUCGCGCUUCUACCCCGGCGCCGGAAUCUACCGCAACGUGUGGCUGACGAAGGUGUCGCCCGUGCACAUCGGGAGGUCGGGCACGUGGGUCAGGUCUAGGGACAUUUCGACCACAUCGGCGACACUGGAUAUCACUGUGCAGCUAGAGAACACGGCGAAGAGUGGCGGCAAGGCAGUCGACGUCAGCGUCGUGACCGACGUGCAUGUCAUGGACGCAGCCAGCGGCAAGGCCGGCGACAAGGUGGCCACCUUUCCCAACGCGACGGCCAGCCUCGACGCCGGCGGCAAGCAAUCCGUCAACGGCUCGGUCUCACUGCAAAACCCGCGCCUGUGGGGGCCCAGACCGGAGCAGGAGCCCAACAUGUACGUCGCCGUGAGCCACGUGUACGUCGGCGGCAAGGAGGUCGACACCUACGAGACGCCGUUUGGCGUGCGCACCGUCGAGUACAGCGGCGAGACGGGCCUCAGCGUCAACGGGCAGCACGUCUUCCUCAAGGGCAUCUGCCAGCACCACGACCUGGGCGCGCUCGGCGCGGCCUUCAGCGUCCCCGCCGCCGAGCGCCAGCUGCAGGUCAUGCAGGACAUGGGCGUCAACUCGCUGCGCACGUCGCACAACCCCCCGGCGCCGGAGCUGCUCCAGCUGGCCGACCGCAUGGGCAUCCUGGUCCUCGACGAGAUCUUCGACACGUGGCGCACGGCCAAGGUGACCAACGACUUCCACCGCAUCUUUGACGACUGGCACGAGGCCGACACGCGGGCGUUUGUGCGCCGCGACCGCAACCACCCGUCCGUCUUCCUCUGGUCCUUUGGCAACGAGGUCGCCGAGCAGAGCCAGGGCGACGCGGGCGCCGCGACGGCGCGCGCGCUGCACGCCAUCGUGCGCGACGAGGACCCGACGCGGCAGACGUGCGUGGGCAUGGACCAGGCGCGGCCCGGCAGCGCCUUCACCCAGGCCGUCGACACCAUCGGGCUCAACUACCAGGGCGAGGGCCGCGGCGACGGCCCGCCCGCCUUCCCCUCCUUCCACGCCGCGUCGCCGGGCAAGAUGAUCUUCAGCACCGAGUCCUCGUCGGCUGUCAGCAGCCGCGGCACCUUCCUCUUCCCCGUCACGCCGGCCAACAGCUCCAUCGUGCGCGACGGCAACGGCGCCGACGACGCGACCAUGACCGUCAGCUCGUAUGACCUCUACGCCGUGAGCUGGGGCGCGAGCCCGGAGAAGGUCUUCUUCGCGCAGGACACGUACCCCUGGGUCGCGGGCGAGUACGUGUGGACGGGCUGGGACUACGUCGGCGAGCCGACGCCCUACGCCGACCGCGCCCGCAGCAGCUACUUUGGCAUCGUCGACCUGGCCGGCUUCCCCAAGGAGCGGUACUACCUGUACCAGUCGCGCUGGCGGCCCGACGUGCGCAACGCGCACAUCCUGCCGCACUGGGACUGGCCCGGCCGCGUCGGGCAGGUGACGCCCGUGCACGUCUUCUCGUCGGCCGACGAGGCGGAGCUGUUUGUGAACGGGGAGUCGCAGGGCCGGGUCAGGAGGGCCGCCAGGACGUACCGCUUCCGGUGGGACCAGGUCGUCUACCAGCCGGGCGAGGUGCGCGUCGAGACGUACAAGGACGGCGCCGCGUGGGCCAGCGCGACGGUGCGGACGACCGGCAAGGCCAAGGGGCUGCGCCUGUCGACGUACAAGGGCCGCGCCGGCAUCAGGGCCGGAGGGGACGACCUGGCGUUUGUGAGCCUCGACAUCGUCGACGAGCGGGGCGACGUGGUCCCGCUCGCGGGCGACGACAUCACCUUCUCGGUGGACGGGCCGGGGGAGAUCGUGGCCACGGAUAACGGCGACCCGCGGGACUACGUGGCGUUCCCGUCCAAGGAGCGCAAGGCGUUCAACGGGCACGCGCUGGCGAUCGUGCGGGCCAGGGCCGGCGCCACGGAGCCGAUUACCGUCAAGGCUUCGGCCGAUGGGCUCGAGGCCGGGGAGGUAACGCUCAAGAUCGAGUAG